CGCAAACGCAGCUAUACAGCAAACUCCAGAGAGAGAGAGAGCGGUGGUGGAGGGUCCAAACUCAUGAGUACACAACGAGAUAUAUCAUGGAAUGCUAAUAAUUUUGCGAUCUUGUAAUUACUAAAACGGCCCUCUUAAUCGCUCAGGGGGUGAUUGAAGUCCCAACUUUUUCUGAUAUUGGCUUAGUCAGUGAUGGGGAAAUCUCCUGGAAAGUGGAUCAAGACUGUACUCUUUGGCAAGAAACCUUCCAAGUCCAAUCUAUCAAAGGGUGCCAAAAUUCAGAAAAAGGCUGCUCCUGAUCUACCAGAAGCGAAUCUGGAUGUAAGCCCUCCAGUCAUAUCAGAUACAUCAUAUCAAAGCACUGAUGGAGUUGGUGACAGGAGGGAUCCUGAAAAGGGUGUUCCAGGUGGUUUACAAGGUCAAGUAGCUUCUUCAUUCCCUCCACAGCUUGGUGUGGAUCUCCUUGAUUCCACAGGUUUGGAUCCAGCUGAUAAUGUAGAGAGAGAGAGGCAAGAGCAAGCUGCCACAAAAGCACAAGCUGCUUUUAGGGGUUACUUGGCUCGUCGCGCUUUUCGGGCUCUGAAGGGCAUUAUAAGGCUACAAGCGCUUAUUCGUGGGCAUUUGGUUAGACGGCAGUCUGUGGCUACUUUGCGUUGUAUGCAGUCAAUUGUAAAGAUACAGGCUCUGGCUCGUGGACGAAGGGUCAGGCUUUCAAAUCCUGAGCUUCAGCAGCUGAAAAAGUGCAGGCUGCAUGAAAUUCUGGGUUCUAGACGGGUGGAUUUACUUGGAGUUGAUAGAGCUUCCAGGUCAGAAAAGCUGGCAACAAAUGCAUUCGUGAACAAGCUUCUUGCCUCAUUGCCAACUGCCAUGCCACUAAGCCUUCAGUACGACCUGGAUGAGCCAAAUGCAGCUUGGAAUUGGCUUGAAAGAUGGUCACUGCUUAGCUUCUGGGAACCACUUCCACGACCAAAAAAGAUUCUUGAUGCGAAGCCUCAAGGAAAGCAGGGAAGCAGACAGGGUUUUGAAGCAGAGCCAGGAAAAUCAAGGAGAACUUUCAGGAAGGUAGCUACGGCAGGCAAUGGUGACAAUAAUAUGCCAAGUUCCUUGGAAGUUGAAAAACCUAGACGCAAUCCAAGGAAACCUAGCAGUCAUCAAGUGGAAUCUGUUCAAGAACAGCCCCAAAAUGAACUGGAAAGGGUGAAACGUAGUUUGAGAAAAGUUUCUGCGACAACAACAGUAGUUUCUGAAAAUUCAGAAGCAGAAACUGAGAAGCCUCAGCAAAUUGUAAGAAAAACACCAAGUCUUCCAGUUUCUGAUGUUACUGAACCAGUGAUUGCUGAUCUUUCUGAGAAACCAAGCGAACCAGCUGUUGUAGUUGACAAAGUGGACAAAACAGAAGCAUCUUCAGAGCUCUUGAUGGUGGAUGAACCUGUUGAGCUGCCCCAUGUUGCUUGUCCUGGUGUUGAGCAACAAUCCCCUCAAGAUGAUAUGAAAGUUGAAAUCAAUGCAACGGCUGAUGAGGAACUAAGUGCGAAGGAAGAUCAAUCUGGCAAGGAAAACCAAAAAAACAGGAGAAGGAGAUCAUUCCCUACAAAGCAUGAAUAUCCUGAGAAUGUGUCGCAGAAUGCACCAAGCUUGCCAAGCUAUAUGUUAGCAACUGAAUCUGCAAAAGCAAAACUUAGAGCACAAGGAUCAGCUAAGUUGAAUGAAGAUGCAGUUGAAAAUGGUUUUGUCCGGCGUCAUUCUCUCCCUUCCUCAACCAAUGGUAAAUUGAGCUCAUUGUCACCUCGGGUGCAAAAGCCAGCACAAGCAAAUGGCAGAGGAGGGAGCAAAACUAACAAAUCACUGUCAGCUUCUAGAGAUGAGAGGGUGCUUCAGCCGGGAUGGCGGAGAUAAAGUCUUGCAAUCUGCUGGUUUGGCAAUUGUAGAGGACCGGCUGUCCUGUGUGAUGCUGUGUGCGACUUCUAUGUAAACAUGAACAGGGACUUGACCAGUAGCAUUUGUUUGAUUAUAUUGCAUGUUUUCUCAUGUUUUCUGCUGUAGUGCUGGUGUUGCAAAGGAAUGUAUAGUUGUAAACCCAGAGUCUGUCGCUGAUCUCGUAUUGCCUGUGUUCUAUUGAUUAUUCUUGUGUUUUAUUGUCAAUUUUGUAUGAUGAUGUACGUGCCUUUGUAAAAAGUUUUUUUUCUUUUC